GCACACCCACUCACUAAUCACUAAACGGUCCUAAUACUGCAGGAGCAAGAAUGGUGACGCUUUCACUUACAGCAACCUUCCUUAUCACACCCAACUCUCUGCAUUGCAACACUAAAACGACGUCGCAUCUCCAACAUAAAAAUUUCCCAUUGUUUACACCGUAACAAAAACUAACAAUCACGUUCCUCCAACAAAUUAGGGUUUCUUUCUCUCACUCUCUAUCGUGCUUCGUUCAUGGUAACAGUUAGGGUUUAGUUCACUCACUCAAUUCACAACACAGUGAGUUAAUUGAUUAUUUUUAUCCUCAAUUCAAUUGUGAGAUUCUUGUUCAGAGUGUGAGAAAAAGGAAUGGAUCACGCGAGAUCGAACAACAUCGAUGAGAAUGUAGGAAUUCCAGACGAUUUGCGUUGCAAGAGGUCGGACGGGAAACAAUGGCGAUGCACGGCGAUGUCAAUGCCGGAUAAGACAGUUUGCGAGAAGCAUUACAUUCAAGCGAAGAAAAGAGCAGCGAAUUCCGCCAUGAGAGCUAAUCUCAAGAAAGCGAAAACAUAUCCUGACUCUGAUGUUUAUUUGGAGAGUAAAAGUGAUGAUUUCGAUGCUCCUCUUUCUACUGCAUUUAAUAAUCCCCGUUCUUCUUCCUCUGGGAAGAAGCUAUUUGAUAAGGUUUCGAAGAAUCAGUUUCGGUAUACUCCUGAGGGUGCUGACACAACAAGGGGCUCUUCUUCCCGUCGUGAUUCCAAGCUUGGUGAGGGUGAUGAUUCCCCUGAUCACGCCGAUGAUGAGGAUGCUGUUCUGUAUGAAGAGAAUUGGGUCUCUAAUGAUUCCCCACCUGCUUCGGGUGAUGAAUCUGCUGGGAAAAUGCCGCAAGGGAGCCUUGAUGCCAAUGCUACUACUGAAUAUUCUGACGGAACCUCGGAUUCUUCUCAAGAGACUGGCGGGCAGACUUGUCAUCAGUGCAGGAAGAAUGUUAGAGAUAGAGUUACUUGGUGCCUUAAGUGUGAUAGAAGAGGAUAUUGUGAUAGCUGUAUAUCAACUUGGUAUUCUAACAUUUCGUUGGAUGAAAUUCAGAGGCUAUGUCCUGCAUGCCGUGGUAUAUGCAAUUGUAAAAUUUGCUUACGUAAUGAUAAUUCAAUAAAGGUUCGGAUACGUGAGAUACCUGUAAUGGAUAAGUUACAGUAUCUUCACUUGUUGCUCUCAUCGGUGCUUCCCGUGGUAAAGCAGAUUCACCACGAACAAUGUUUUGAAGUUGAACUUGAAAAGAAGUUGCGUGGUGCUGAAAUAGAUCUUCCAAGGACAAAAUUGAAUGCUGAUGAGCAGAUGUGCUGCAAUUUAUGCCGGAUACCUAUCACUGAUUAUCAUCGACGCUGUCCAAGUUGUUCAUAUGAUUUGUGCCUUAUUUGUUGCCGAGAUCUUCGGGAAGCCACUGUACAUCAGAGUAAAGAACCUCAAACAGAGCAAGCAAGAAUUACUGAUCAAAACAUAUUAAGCAAGUUUCCUCACUGGAGAUCCAAUGACAAUGGAAGUGUUCCAUGCCCCCCUAAGGAGUAUGGUGGUUGUGGAUAUUCAUCCUUAAAUUUAAGUCGGAUUUUCAAGAUGAACUGGGUUGCAAAAUUAAUAAAAAAUGUAGAAGAAAUGGUUAGUGGAUGUAAAAUGAGUGAUGCUGAUGGUCCACCAAAAACAGGAUUGAAUACUCUCAGGCUUUGCCAAUAUUCUCAAAGAGAGGCUAGCAAUGAUAAUUAUCUUUAUUGUCCAACAUCGGAAGAUCUCAAAACUGAUGGCAUUGGCAUGUUUAGAAUGCAUUGGAAAACUGGUGAGCCCAUUAUCGUAAAGCAAGUAUUUGAUAGGUCAUCAAUUUCAAGCUGGGACCCAUUGGUCAUAUGGAGAGGGAUUCUAGAGACUACAGAUGCAAAUAUGAAAGAUGAUAACCGAAUGGUUAAGGCCAUAGAUUGCUUAGAUGGGUCUGAGGUUGAUAUCGAGCUUGGUCAGUUCAUGAAAGGAUAUACUGAGGGGCGUAUUCUUGAAAAUGGUUGGCCACAAAUAUUGAAGCUGAAAGAUUGGCCUUCACCUAGAGCAUCUGAAGAAUUUCUUUUGUACCAAAGACCUGAGUUUAUCAGCAAGCUGCCUUUACUUCAGUAUAUUCACUCGAAGUGGGGCCUUCUUAAUGUUGCAGCUAAGUUGCCUCAUUACUCCUUGCAGAAUGAUGUAGGACCCAAGAUCUAUAUAUCUUACGGGAUUAAUGGUGAACUUGGCAGAGGUGAUUCUGUGACAAAACUCCACUUCAAUAUGCGUGACAUGGUGUACCUUUUGGUCCAUACAAGUGAAGUGAAGCUGAAGGACUGGCAGAGAACAAAAAUUGAAAUGAUGCAGAAACCACAUAUAUGUUCAAGAGGGAGUUCACCUGAUUCAGCCCUUUGUACAAAAAUUAAUGGACUGGAUUUGGAAUCAGACCAGAAAGAUUCAACCAUGGAUCAAGGGUAUGAAGUUUAUCCUAGUGCUGAAGGAAAUAUGGUCAAUUGUGAAAUUCCAUUAAGACAAAAUGGAGUCACCUCUGAGAUAACACAUCCUGGAGUUCUUUGGGAUGUCUUUCGUCGGCAGGAUGUUCCAAAGGUGACUGAAUAUUUGAAAAUGCAUUGGAAGGAAUUCGGGAAGUCAGAUGAUAUAGUUACAUGGCCUCUUUAUGGUGGAGCUGUUUUUCUUGACGGACUCCAUAAAAGAAAGUUGAAGGAAGAAUUUGGAGUGGAGCCGUGGUCAUUUGAACAGAAUUUGGGGGAAGCUAUAUUUGUUCCUGCUGGUUGCCCUUUUCAAGCAAGAAAUGUUCAGUCCACAGUUCAAUUGGGCCUUGAUUUCUUAUCUCCUGAAAGCCUGGGGGAGGCUGUAAGAUUGGCAGAGGAAGUUCGCCGUUUACCUAAUGAACAUGACGCAAAGCUUCAAGUUUUGGAGGUUGGGAAGAUAUCUCUCUAUGCCGCAAGUUCAGCAAUCAAAGAAGUACAGAAACUUGUACUUGACCCAAAACUUGGCGGAGAGAUUGAAUAUGGAGACCCUAAUUUGACUGAAAUGGUUUCUGAGAACUACGAGAAGAUGUCUAAAACACACGCACACAUUCUCUAACACACAGCACACAAUUGACUGAUACUUGGUGGAGAGAUUGGAUAUGGAGACCCUAAUUUGACUGCAAUGGUUUCUGAGAACUACGAGAAGAUGUCUAAACGGAGGCAAAUUACUUGUGCAUAAAGAGCUGUUAUGUACAGUAAUUAUAUUUUAGCAGUAUGUUGCAGAUUGGUAUGUUUCAGUAUAGUAGAUCAAAUACGUAGAUAAUGAAUGUGUAUAAUAGUUACCGACAAAAGAGAUAGAAUCAUGCUGUAAUGAGAGAUGUCAGAUCUGUAUUUUAUUUCAGAAAGUGGAAUAGAAACAUGUAAUUUAGUAAAUAUAUAUGAAGUCACAAAUUUAUUACUA